AUGGAAGUCCCACAAACUAAGACAGCUAAUUCCAACUCUGUGACAAACAAAAAAGCUAGUUCAAUUACUUCUAUAAACAAUAUAAACAAAAAACCCCAACAAAAGAAUGAUCGAUCAAGUACAUCGUAUGCAAAUGUGAGUCAACGUGAGUCAACUGGCUCUGAAUUGAGUAAACAAGUACAACAAUCAGAACGCUCAGUCACGCAGAUUGAGACAAAUAAAGCUAAUAGUAACAUUGAUAAUACUAAUUUUGAAGAAGACCGAGAAAGUCCAGAUACUGAGAAAGAAACAACUGAUUUUGUAAGAGUACAGAGGCAAAAGAUUAAACGAAUUUACAUCCGCGGU